GGCGCCUCAGCCGGGCCGCCCGCCCUCUCAUUCAAGUUUGUCCUUCAGUGCGAUCCGUCGCUCGUUCAGAGAAGAGAAGAAAAAAAAAAGCGACGCCUGAGAGCGACGCUUGCAGCUGAUGUACCGCUGCCUCAAAAAUGGAGAGCGACACCACAGUCAGAAGAAUAAAACCCUUCGGGACACAGAACUAUUCGGCGCAAGAUAACGACGGUUCCCGAGACCGGUGCGCCGAUAACGGCUACAGCGGCGACCCGAAGAGGAAGCCCGAAGUGAGCCUGUAUCUGCUGCGGGAAGGGGUGGCAGCUUCCCUGGUCUCUGUAUUUAUUUUGGUGCUGUGGGGACUCGUUCAUUUCUCCUUACAGCAGCUCGUCAUUGGGAAGCCAACCGGCGAGUUCAAUGCGUUGAGAGCCAGACGGCACUUGGAGCAGAUCACCAGCGUGGGCCCUCGUCCGGUGGGCAGCCCGGAGAAUGAAGUGCUGACCGUGCGCUAUUUGUUGGAGCAGAUCGAGAACAUCCGGGUGGAGACGGCGGCGGGCCCCCAUCAGCUCACGGUGGACGUGCAGCGUCCCACCGGUACUUUCUCCAUCGACUUUCUCGGAGGCUUCACCAGCUUCUACGACCGUGUCACCAACAUCGCCGUCAGGCUGGAGCCCAAAGGCGGGGCGCAGCACCUCAUGCUGGCCAACUGCCACUUUGACACCGUGGCCAACAGUCCAGGCGCCAGUGAUGACGCAGUGAGCUGUGCAGUUAUGCUGGAAGUCCUCCAUUCUCUGGCCAACCAAUCCACUCCUCUUCUUCACGGAGUUAUCUUCCUCUUUAACGGGGCAGAGGAAAAUAUCCUUCAGGCCAGUCAUGGUUUCAUUACUCAGCAUCCAUGGGCCAAGCAGGUGCGAGCCUUUAUUAACUUGGAGGCUGCAGGUGUUGGGGGCAAGGAGGUUGUGUUUCAGACAGGUCCAGAGAACCCGUGGCUGGUCCAGGCCUAUGUUCAUGCAGCCAAACACCCCUUUGCCUCUGUGGUCGGCCAGGAGGUCUUUCAGAGUGGCAUCAUCCCCUCUGACACCGACUUCCGCAUCUACAGGGACUUUGGUAACAUCCCAGGCAUCGAUCUGGCUUUCAUCGAAAACGGUUUCAUCUAUCACACCAAGUACGACACUUCUGACAGGAUCCUGACAGACUCAAUACAGAGAGCUGGUGACAACAUCCUGGCGGUCCUGAGGUACCUGGUGAUGUCAGAGAAGCUGGCAGAUUCCUCAGAGUACCGACAUGGCAACAUGGUAUUUUUCGACCUGCUGGGGGUCGUUGUGGUGGCGUACCCCGCCCGCGUCGGCACCAUCCUGAACUACAUGGUAGCUGCAGCCACCUUCCUCUAUCUGGCCAAGAAAGCCUCGCUACCAGGCAACAGGGGGGGCCGAUAUGUUCGAGAUCUGGCCUUCGCCACAGGCGUAGCGGUGCUGAGCUGGUUCGUCACACUGAUGUCGGUGCUGAUCGUCGCGCUGCUCGUCACUCUGCUGGGCCGCUCCAUGUUUUGGUACAACCACUUCUACGCCGCAAUCUGCCUGUACGGGGCCACCGCCACGGGCAAGAUGAUCCUCAUUCACACGCUGGCCAAGAACUUGUACUAUGGAGGCGUCCGUUUGGUGGAGCUGGGCGAUCUCUACUUUGACGUGAGCUUGUUGCUGUGGUGCUGCAGCCUGGUGUGGCUCACCCAGCAGGGCCUGUGUUCAGCCUAUGUGCCCAUGCUCAUGGUGGCCUUCCCCCUGGCCACCAGGCUGCUGCUGGCCAAAGAAUUCAAACACAGAGGAGCAUCACUGAAGUACAGCGUGCUCUAUCUGUUGGGCCUGGCGUUGCCGUACGUCCACUUCAUGUUCCUCAUCUGGGUGGUGUUUGAGAUUUUCACGCCCAUCAUGGGGCGCAGCGGUACCGAGAUACCCCCCGAGGUGGUGAUGGCCACCCUGGUCACCCUGGCCACCAUCUUCCUCUCCUCCUUUUUCCUGCAUUUCAUCUACUUGGCCCGGAGCACUAAGUGGGUCCUGGCUGGUCUGGGCUCAGUCUUCAUCUUCAUGUUCCUGCUGAUGUCCUGUGGCCUCCUCUUCCCUUAUUCAGGCAGUCCAGACAGCCCGCGGCCAAAACGAGUCUUCCUGCAGCAUACAACGCGGACCUUCCACAAUCUCCAGGGCCAGGUGGAGAGCCAGGACUCGGGUGUGUGGAUCAACAGUUUCGACUACACGGGCAUGCAGCACGUCACACCCGACAUCCCCGAGAUCAACGACAGCAUUCGCACCAGCUGCCGAGAGGACCGGCCCUUCUGCGGCUACCCCUGGUUCCUGCCUGUGAAGUUCCUCAGCAAGAAGAACUGGUACCUCCCUGCUCCAGAAUUGUCUCCCAGCGCUCCGGUGGAGUUCAGCCUGCUGUCCAGAGAGGAGACCAGCUGGGGGACGGUCAAGAUGACAUUCAGUGUGAACGGUCCCAGCCACAUGUCCCUUUACCUGAUGCCUCACAGAGGAGCCAGCCUCUCCACCUGGUCCUUUGGGGACGGGACCCCUCAGUUCGACCUGAGCGGAGAAUAUUUCGUCUUCUAUUCCCACGGCCUCGACGCCCCCACGUGGAUCUUCUGGUUUGAAAUCCAGCCUCCCAGGGACCCGGACCCAUCAGGCCCCGAGGGGAUGAUCUCUGUCGCCAUCUCCACCCACUAUUUCUUCGGGCAAGACAGUAGGACUGCUCAGCUGGAGGAAAUCCACCGCAGGUUUCCCACGUGGGCUUUCCCCUCAUCUUGGGUCAGCACCUACGACAUGUACCGAUACUGAGGACGCCGCGCGUCGCAGAGGCCGAGAGCCCCGAGAAGCGCUGAGGGUUGACAGAAUAUAUUUCAAGGAACAGCCGCCGAGGAUGAGCCCCGACGCCUUUUCUCUCUGACACGAACACACACACACACACACACACACGCUUCAACACACACACACACACACACAUUCCCGCUCCCUUUCCAGCCUGCCUCAGAGACCCCCCAUCACUGUGUGAGUAGGCUUAGCAGCUAACCGAGCAGGAGGCGAGACACGCCGGAGCUUACAAACUGACUAACUCAACUGACCGACGCACCGGCCACCGCAAGCCUCGCGCUCACUGCCGCGUUAAGUGAAACAAAAGGGGCGACUUUUCUUUUUCUUUUUGUACUCGAUCUGUUGUGCCUUUUGCUUUACUUCAAUCCCAUCUUGCUCCCUUUCCUCACUUUCAAUCUCGUUCGCAUGUCUCUACUUCCCCUUGCUCUCUCUCUUUAUCGGCAAACCAUUCGGGCCAGAUGUGUCGCCGGCCUCCUCGGCAGAAAUGACAAGCCGCCGCUGUCUGUCGGUGUAGGAACGUAGCGAUGGAUCUGUUUGGAAGGGGGGGGGGGGGGGCCGUUUCUAGUUUGAACCGUCCGACUUUAACUGGAAACUUUGACACUUUGAAAGUUGCUUCUCAUCAGCGCGCCCUCGUUUUUUAAUCUGAGCAGAUAGUUUUUGUGUAAACGGUUGAAAUUGCUCACCGUUCCUCGAUAACACCACUGACUUGCAGCAAGUUGUACCCAUGUGCUUUAAAUCGUCAGAAUCUGGCACUCGGAGGCAGAAAACUGUCAAAGGAAAACAGCUGGCUAAAAUCAAAAUGUCAACGUGUCCUUAAUUAAAAGGCUUAAGCUGUCAUGAACGUUUUGUGCAGAGGGCAAUUUCGAAGUCUUUUUCCGCCUGAUGCGUUCAAGCUAAUGCGUAUUGAUUUCUGGGCUCGAUCAGACGAGAACUCGCAGGGAAACGAGGACUUGUGGCCGUCUGAAUAUCCUGUGAUUUUAAGAUUCUUAGCCAAGCCUCGUGGGUGACUGGGAGGAAAACCAGCAAUGCAACUCCACGCUCAUUAAUAGCACAAGCGUCGGUCCGCUUGGUGGAGGGGGUUUGGUGUUUUUAACAUUUGCAACUACUGUAGAAAGUAUCUGUACUUUCCAACUUGACCUCUGCUGCGUGCCAAGAGCUGUCCUUAACAGCACCAGUGAAUGUAUUUCAAUAACCAAAUGAUUAAAUCUACUGAAAGAAGGGUGAUCCAGUUAUGUGACUCUACAUCUCAGCUGCAGAUAACAGACCAUGUAACCAUGCAUUGGUGCUGCUGCGGACAGCUCAAACCGGUGACUGUUGCUAAUAUUUCUUAUAUUUCUCUCAUAUGGAGCUGCAUCUUUUUUUUUUUUUUUGGUGUCUGGAGCCCAAGUAGCACAACUAUAAUUCCAGUGAAUAUGACCUCUUAAGUGUCUACUGCACAUAGUCGACCUCAUAGCACACCAAGGAUCAGUUAGGACUGAGUUACACUAGAUUGUACCACAUGUUGGCAACACUGAGUCGGGAGUAAAAAAGCUGACUGUUAUAGAGGGGGACUGGGGGGGGGGAAGAGAUGACACAGAAACAGUUGUGCCAAUAAGAGAUCUACGGAAAAGUUGAACCCCUUGCUCCUUUCACCCCUUGGCCCUUCUGACCCCUUCAGGGUCACCACUACCUCCACAGUGAUCAAAACGUCCUACACCGCGAGAACAGCUGUGAGACUGGUUUGAAUGUUACUGUUGGAACCAUUUCAAUAAUUCAGCUAACUGACAUUAGAGGGAGAUUAGUUUUGAUGCAUUAUAAAGCAUCUUUAUGUUCGUCUUGUUUUCUGCUGACUAAAUAGAACGGUUCCCUUGAUAUCUGAAUCGCAUCUGAGUGACCGUCCCCGCGUUGAGUCCCACACUCAGAUGAAAAUGUGAACGACUGUCACAUGGUUGCUUGUUGGCAGUUUGACUCCUCCCAUGUGUGACAUCAUCAGGUCGUAAAGAUGAGAUCAACUGAGCAAAAAUUGUCUUUUUCGGCGACUUUGUUGUCGUGUCUUCGUGAUCCAUGUAGUCAGUCUCACAACAUAAGAAAUGACACGGAGGCCUUAACACUUUGCGUCCAAAGACACACACACUGUUUACUGUCUCAGAGGUCUUAAAGAUAUCAGGUGCUGCACUGUACACGAGUUGUCUGUUGGAAAGUUUCAACUGAAAAUCCACCACAGCCUUCGACAACAUGUCGCCCUACUAUGCUCCUUCUCUUUAUGCACAGUGUGCAACGAGAAGUCCUUAAAGUAGCCUACGCUCCAUCUGCUGAGGAAGACCGUGGGAUACGACUGAAAGCUUCAGAACAGGGGGGAGGAGAGAGAAGGGGGGGGGUGUAUGUAGAUGUCUCUCAGCGCUGUGCGGCGACGACACCAACGCUGCUUUAAAGUGACAAGAGACUGAUUUAAAUCUGUUUUAUUAAUAUGCAGUGUUUAUGGGAGAAAAAGCUUUAUUACGUGUAAAUGGAUAUUUUUUCUAAAAAAAAAUCUGUUAAAGUGGCAGUGUUUCAGUUUUGUUCUAGACUGAAGGAAAGCAUGAAAAACUAGGAGUUUAAAAGAGAUUUCAUAUUUCCAGUUCUUCACUAACCAUUUCAAGUCGUGGCAGAGAUCUGACACAACCAUAUUGUUUAGAGUUUUGUUUAUAGUAAUAACACGAGGUGCGUUUAUUUUUAUAAGAAGCACGAACACAGGAGGGACUGCUGUAGACGUGGGGCGGAGCAGAGAGACGUCUCAUCCAAGCGUGCACAGAGCUCUGCUAGAGAGCUGAACGUAAAUAAAACAAACUCCUGUUUUACAAUUAAGUUCAUUUGAAUUGUUUGAGACAGAAUCUAAUGUGUUAAUGAAACACUGCGCAGUGUGUCUUUGUUCUGUGUAUAAAAACACAGCUUUAUCUUCACCACAAAGCAAACAAAUUCACACAAAUGUUCAUAUCAGCUUGAGAAAGAAGCCGUUUAACUGAAAUCUGUUCUGGGAUACACAUUGAAAUGUCUUAAUGCCUGUUGUUGAAGGAUGUCCAUUGUUGUUUUUUAAAGAUGUUUAACUUAACAGUUUUGUUAAAGUUACCUGAACUGUUUUUUUUUUUGUCAAACUUUUCACCCAUGCCCAUUUCUGAACUGUUCAGUUUUUGUACUGAAAGUUAAAUUUAAAUGUUCUUUUUUGAUUAAUUUGACACUUAACAAGUCCUGAAACUGCUGUUUUUCUUUUUAUUGCAUAUUUGUCUUGUCAAUAUGAAUUAAUUGAUCUGAUAACAGGGUAUCCAUCUGUUUGAAUGGACGGGACGAUUUAACAAAUAUGCACAAAAGCUUGAAUUAAAUUAGCACUUGUACAGCAAUUAAAACAGUUUAUUACAUUACCAUUGUUCUAUUUACAACACGUGUCAUUUCGCUUCCAUGUACAUAACAGAUCAGAUUACAAUUAGAAAUAUAGGCAAACUUACAUUUUAAAAAAUAAUUUAUUGGUCUUUAUGUACAAGAAAAGAAAAAAAUGAAGUAGAAAACCAACCAUGAGUAGAAAAGGCAAAUGUACAAGAGAGUAUCUUUACACUGCAUUGAGGAUGUUUUGCUGCUGCUGCCACCCACAGAAAUAAAACGUCUCCACUGUGCACGGGAGGGAGGGAGAGCCGUCCAGAG